AUGCGCCGCCACUUACCGACCGCUGAGCGCGCCCAUUUUAGCCAGUACAAGAGUGCUAAGACCUUGUACGACGCUGUAAUUGCACGCUACUCUUCCCCUGCCACUGCUGCUCUUAGCCGCCUCAUCCUGCCAUACCUCUUCCCUGACCUCGCCGCUUUUCCCAUAAUCGCUGACCUCGUUACGCACCUUCGCUAUAGUGACGUUCGCUACCGUGCUGCGCUUCCUGCUGAGGACCACUUCCUCUCUGUUUGCCCCACCACACUCACCUUUGACCUCCUCGAGGAGCGCCUCCUAGCAGCAGAGAAGAGUAUAGUCGCUGUAGGAGCCUCUCGUGGUGACCCUCGCACCCCCGUCUUUGAGGGGUGCUCCCCAUCCCCCCUCUUGCCCUCUGUUGCCUCUGCUGCUGCCGCCGACCUUGUUGGUCUUGAGUCAGUCGGCGCGGCAUCUGCCCCUAGCGGGAGACGCCACCCAGGCAAGGGCAAGGGGGGCAAGGGCGCUGGAGGAACUGGCGGGGGCGGUGGAGGCGGCGGUGGAGGCGGCGGAGGGAGUGGGGGUGGCGGUGGGAGUGGUGGCGAGGGUGGGGGCGCUAGUGGCGGCAGUAGAGGUGGAGGAGGCGGCGGUGGUGGUGGCGCGGGUGGAGGUGGCGGAGGUGGAGGCGGUGGUGUGGGUGGCGGCGGCGGAGGUGGAGCUGGUCGGGGCGGCUCGGCACAGAGAAUCGGUUCCGGUGGUGGUCAGCGCCAGCAGCAGCAGCAGCAGCGCACUAGUGAGACCCCUCCCCCCCAGCAGCUUCGUGAGUGGUACGCUGCUCGUCAGCGGGGUGGGGUUGCUGGCCCCUGUACCUACGUUCUCCGCAUCGGCGAAAGCGCGGGUGAGCAGUGUAGGGGUCCGCACUCCACCCUGCGCUGCUUCGGCCGCCUGACGGACGCGUGGCGUCAUCAGUUCCCCGACGCUACUGAGAUCCCUCGCUGGGGCGAGCUGUUUAGGGCGGGUGUUGCGAUCUUUGAUCUUGAUUAUGAUGCAAUUCUUGCUGCCAUGUAUGGUGUGACUAGUAGUGAUGAGGGUGACUGUUACCGGUGUUUUCCGCCUGACCCGGGCAUUGAGGCUGCUGCUCUAGGUGUUGGUGAGGCUGCUGCUCUAGGUGCUAGUGAGUCUGCUGCCUCAGGUACUGGUGAGUCUGCGCUCUCAGGUACCGCACCGCACCACGCUCACGCCGCUUAG